AUGUUCUCUCUGAUUUUGGAUGAGGUAAAAUCAACUGUCACUGAUCUUGGCCAAAGUCACCUGUCCGCGGUUGCCAUACCCAAUGUUUUGCCCACAACUUUUGCCCUGACACUAAAUGAGGGCUCAUGUCCAAUGAGCAUGGAUUUUCAUCCCACUUGGCGGACUCUUCUUCUAUUAACUAGUUUUUAUAGUUCACUCGUGAAUCCUGCUAAUGUGAUUCUUCAGUCGGAACCUGGGGGUGUUGGAGACAUAGGACUAUGGGAUGUUAGUUCAGGGAAAAAGUUGCUUUCAAGAAAUUUUAGAGUCUGGAAUCUUGAUGCAGGCCCAAUGGCCUUAAAGUACUGUGUUGUCUACUGGACUGCUGAUCCUGGGCCUAACCCUGCUAUUAUAUGUGAGGAAGAACCAGCAACAAAUAUAUGGACUAAGGUGGUGUAA